GUGGCUGUUGAAGUCGGGCGGACCCGGAAUCCAGAGGAAACAGGACCAUGACUUAUGCUUAUCUCUUCAAAUACAUUAUCAUCGGUGACACAGAACGGGCGUCCUCCUGUCUAGGUGUGGGGAAGUCAUGUCUCCUCCUGCAGUUUACAGACAAGCGCUUCCAGCCUGUCCACGACCUCACAAUAGGUGUGGAGUUUGGGGCCCGUAUGGUCAACAUUGAUGGAAAACAAAUCAAACUGCAAAUCUGGGAUACGGCUGGGCAAGAAUCUUUCCGUUCUAUCACCCGUUCCUACUACAGGGGAGCAGCCGGAGCACUACUGGUGUAUGACAUUACAAGGCGUGAAACCUUCAACCACCUGACCUCAUGGUUAGAGGAUGCCCGGCAGCACUCUAGUUCCAACAUGGUUAUCAUGCUGAUUGGGAAUAAGAGUGAUUUAGAGUCCCGCAGGGAUGUGAAGAGAGAAGAAGGAGAGGCCUUUGCUCGGGAACAUGGGCUUGUAUUCAUGGAAACUUCAGCCAAAACAGCCUGCAAUGUUGAAGAGGUAUUUGGGAAAAAGCCUUCAUUAACACAGCCAAAGAAAUAUAUAGGAAGAUCCAGCAGGGUUUAUUUGAUGUCCACAAUGAGGCAAAUGGCAUCAAGAUCGGUCCUCAACAGUGUAUUUCAACAUCAGUGGGACCUAGCACCACCCAGCGGAAUUCUGGUGACAUAGAGUCCAACUCUGGCUGCUGCUGAACAUCUGGCUUGGACUCUUUUUUUUCUUCCUGGAACAGCUUCAGAUCAAUAGGCUUAAAGAAAGAGGUCUUACUUUGGCAGAGAAAAGCCUGUUUUCAAGGUGUGAUGUUUUGCCUUUCCACUUAAAAGACCAGGGGAGAAUUUGGGCCCUUACUGACCUGUCCCUUCUUCAGGGACGUGAGCAUUCCCUAUACAUUGGGGCUCUUCUUAUCGUCCUAUUUUAAUUUCUAAGAUGUUAAGAUCAAAGUUGAUUGUCAUGGCAAUUCAAAAAUGAAUUAUUUUAGAAGUAUACAUAAUCUGAUCUCCACCAGGAAUCAGUAACAUGGGUCUGGGACAUUCUGCUUCAGCACUUGAGAUUACUGGGAUCCGGCUAGCCUUUGGGUGAUAGAUCCUAGGUCUAUAAAUUUCAUUAGGUUUUUCCACUUGCUACUUUGUAAGAGUUCUUGCAGAAGGCAAUUCCUUCUACAAGGAGGCUGAAUACUUCUCUACCAUCCUGUUACUAGUUUCCCUGUCUUACAGUAACUACAAAUCUUUUGAGAACAGUAGAAUUGCUCCUGGACCUGUGGCCACUUAAAGAAGACAUCUUUUCCUGUUACUUUGUUUUAGGGACCAGACCUAACACUGCGGUGUCUCUCACCAAAUAGACCCCUACUAUUUCAUCACACGCACUUCUUCACGAGACCUAUUGAGACUUUUUACUAUAAUCAGGCUAAUCUGCUUACUUACUGGACAUGACAUAUUUACUUCUGCUUCUAUGCCUUUGCACAUGAGCUACUCUCUGCUAACAUACUCAAAGUCCAAAACUUUUUCCUUCAGAAAGUCUUCUUUGACUGACCUAGGGACUUCUAAGCAAUUAUUGACACAAUACCCCUUAGCUUUCAUAUGUUGUUUAUUCAUAUGUAUAUUUAUUUGUAUUUACAUUGCUUUGUAAAUAUGUUCUAUAGUUGUUUUGUGUGUGGAAUUUGUCUCCCCACAUAGUUUGUAAGCUCCUUGAGAGCAGGGACCACAUUAUCCCUAUACUUUGUAAACCACUCCCUCCACCAUUCCUUCAUAGUGCCUAGUGCUAUUUAUGUGAUCAUUGAAUUUAACAGACUCGGAACAGGUCUAUUUUAAACUUCAGAGGAAACAAAAGGCCUUAGAGUCAUCUCUUUGUAACUCUAUCUCAGUCUCUUCCAUCUGCUUACCCUGGAUUCUAUAUUCCUUUCUUCCUUUCCUUUCUUUCCCUUCUUAGCUCUUGGCUUCCAUUCCAUGCAGCAUACAGUAAGGCUGCCUGCUUCUAAGCAGUCAAAUAAGUGGUACUUCUCCAGCCAUUCUCCUUUUGAAGAGCAUAUAGUACUAUCCUAGCCAAAUUUGCCUUUGUUUCCCUCAUCAUUCAGCGUUCUGGGUCAGUUGCUGUAUUUUUUUCUUGCGUUGAUGUCCCAUGCUAUUCCACAGCACUGAAGUCUCAUGAAGUUUUCUAAUUUUUUUGUUGUUGGUGGUAAAUUGUUUCAUUAUUAAAUAUAUGCAUGUAU